AUGGCUUGGUUACUCAGGCUUGAGAAUGUCGAAGUCAAGAAAGUAUGGAGUCAGGCUAAGAUUGUGGGUACCUUAGUGACAGUUGGAGGAGCUAUGAUUAUGACAUUAGUCAAAGGUCCAAACUUGGGCUUACCAUGGACCCAACACCAAGAAACAUAUAAUGUCUCUUCUUCUUCUAAAUCAAACCAAGACAACAACAUCAAGGGCUCUCUUAUGAUCAUAGCUGGUUGUUUCUGCUGGGCUAGUUUCUACAUUUUACAAGCAAUCACCUUGAAAUCUUAUCCAGCUUCACUUUCACUCACGACACUGAUCUGCCUAACGGGAUCAUUACAAGGGACUGUUCUUACACUCUUUGCCCAGAGAGGAAAUGCACAUAUUUGGUCUUUGCACUUUGACUCCAAGCUUUUAGCUGCCCUUUAUGGAGGGGUUAUCUGUUCAGGCGUUAACUAUUAUAUUUCAUUACAAGUGAUGAAGGAGAAAGGACCUGUCUUUGUGACUUCAUUCAACCCUCUCAGCAUGGUCCUUGUUACCAUAAUGGGUUCUUUUUUUCUUUCUGAGCAAAUCAACCUGGGAAGGGUUGUAGGAUCACUUGUAAUAGUUGCUGGAUUAUAUAUGGUCAUGUGGGGUAAAAGUAAGGAAAAAAGGAGCUUAACUAAUAAGCAAGAGAUCAAUCAUAUAGCUCUUGUUGACCUUCUGGACAAUGAUAAAAAUGAAGAAGAUGAGAAAAAAGAGAUUUCAAAAACAGAGGUUAAUAAUAAUUCUGUAAAAGUAUUGUCUAUUGAUGAAGCAGUUUGA